UACUGUUUGCUCUAUUUCCCGCCACUUCUGCGCUCAUUCUGUGGCAGAUCGGUGGCAGUGUGUGAGAUUCUGAAGAAGAUGCUGUGGGUAGACAAGUACAGACCGAAAACGCUAGACCAGAUUAUGGUCCAUGAAGAUAUCGCCCAGAACCUCAAGAAACUGGUCUCGGAGCAAGAUUGCCCACAUUUGCUUUUCUAUGGCCCGAGUGGUUCGGGCAAGAAAACCCUAAUCAUGGCGCUUCUCAGACAAAUUUUUGGACCCAGCGCUGAAAAGGUGAAGGUGGAGAACAGGACAUGGAAAAUUGAUGCUGGAAGUAGAAAUAUUGAUUUGGAAGUGACCACAUUAUCAAGCACGAACCAUGUUGAGCUUACUCCUAGUGAUGCAGGCUUUCAGGACAGAUAUAUAGUUCAAGAGAUAAUUAAAGAGAUGGCGAAGAAUAGGCCCAUUGACACAAAAGGGAAAAAAGGAUAUAAAGUGUUAGUACUCAAUGAGGUCGACAAGCUUUCACGAGAAGCACAACAUUCUCUUCGAAGAACAAUGGAGAAAUAUAGUGCAUCUUGCCGGCUAAUCUUGUGCUGUAACAGUUCUUCAAAGGUUACAGAGGCAAUCCGGUCUCGGUGUCUGAAUGUGCGCAUAAAUGCACCUUCGGAAGAACAGAUUGUAGGUGUGUUGGAGUUCGUUGGAAAGAAAGAAGGGCUGCAACUUCCUCCUGGGUUUGCUGCUCGUAUCACAGAAAAAUCAGCUAGGAGUCUGAGGAGAGCUAUAUUAUCAUUUGAGACUUGUCGCGUCCAACAGUACCCAUUUACAAGUAACCAAACAAUACCUCCAAUGGACUGGGAGGAAUAUGUUGCCGAAAUAGCAACCGACAUGAUGAAGGAGCAAAGUCCUAAAAGGCUGUUUCAGGUGCGUGGAAAGGUAUAUGAAUUGCUGGUUAAUUGUAUUCCACCAGAGAUCAUACUCAAGAGGCUGCUUCAUGAAUUACUGAAGAAACUGGAUGCCGAGCUAAAGCACGAAAUCUGCCAUUGGGCUGCAUAUUAUGAACAUAGGAUGCGUCUUGGACAAAAAGCCAUAUUUCACAUUGAAGCAUUUGUGGCCAAGUUUAUGAGCAUUUAUAAGAGUUUCCUCAUUGCAACAUUUGGCUGAAGAGUACUGCAACAUCCUUGCCCAUGAUGUUUCUAUGUCAUGCUCCCAGAUAGCGCCAGGACAUAGAUAUCUAUGAUCCAUAAUUUUGUGUGCUGCCAUGUUAUAUAGAGCUUCCCGUACGUUACUGUAGACAUUUUUUGGUCUGUUAAAGUAUCUGUUCUUGCAUAACUUAAUUUCUUUCUUUCCCUUAUUAGGCUUUUUAAGAAUAACAAAUGAAUCCGCUGGAGAUUUUGAUAGUGGGAUAUAGAUGUAUGUUGUUUCAGCAAUCAGAUGCCUCAUUGCAGGAGUAGAAAAUAA